GCUCGACGUCAACGAAGAUUCGCAAUGUGCAGUGCGUUGCGGACGCAGACCAAGGCGCCAAGCGCUUUGACCGGCAGAUCUACGAUCCUACGACAUAUGGUGCUGGAUCCGGGAUACGAUCAAAGCUCAUUCACCAAGGUCCAAGCUACCAAUUGGCUAGACUCUCUUUGAACAAUGAACGCAUAUGUGAAAUGUGGGACAGUGUGGCCAACCGCGUAGGCGCCGGAACCGACUCGCGUUUAAAUUCGCGCUUCAGCCCAACGGCUUGUUCCACUCCUCCCCCACACCCACCGCCGUAGCGAAAUGAAGCAGAUCACGAACGUCGAAACCGUCGAUUCUCCCGAUACCGUGGCUACCGGGCUGGCCCCGCCGCUCAUACCAACGGAGGGUGGCCGUAUACUGGACGAGGACCUCACUAAGAUCAUAGAGGCGGAACCUCUCUCGAAGCUCCCUCGAAUUCUCGUGCCGGACCCUGAGGAGAGUGUCAUGAAACCGCCCGUUAUGCACUACGGGUGGCCCAUCGAUCACGAUGUCCUCCUAGAUAUUGCGGAAGAGCAUGGACUGACUGUCUACCUUCCUUCCGGAAACGAUACGCUCGUGGAGGACGGCUGGGAAAAUGAGUGGCAGGAGCCAAUAGACAGAUGUCAUAACAUCAAACUCACCGCGACGAUCGCCAACGUCAUGCAAGCAGUUACUGAAGAGGUGGGCGCGUGGGUCCCACUCAAUCUGGUUAAGGUAUGGCUCGGUCUGCAGGGAAGCAACAAGCGCCGUUCUCCGGCGAUCAUCUCUUUCUAUACCAACUACAACCUGGAUUGCGCGUACCUACCCCCUUUAGAGGAGAUAGAGAAGAUGCGCGAGGUGUUAAAGAUCCAGGAUGAAGGGCCGCCAAGGUGGUACUUGGAUGCGGACCACUAUAGGUGGAGGCCGUGGAGAGAGCGACGCGAGCAUCCGACCUGGUUCUAUGCAAGUGAGAUGCCAACUUUCUUCGCUCGCAACGAGUUACUCACCAACCCUUCGUCCAGCUUCGCUAUAGGAUCCGACAGGAUGUUGCAUGCAGAUGAGUAA